AUGCCUGUCCGGAUCGUCCAGCGCAUAGCCACGCCUCCGGCGCAAUCGCCACACUUCACUCAAUCCCGCCAGUUUUCCAUCACACCGGCCGUCCCAGCCUCUGACUAUCAUGACCCGAACACAACUAAUUCCCAGGAAGAGACUGUCUACACCGUUAGUCUCUCAGUCUCUCCUCAACUCCACGAGAGCAUGAACCAUCUGCGUUCAACUUACUUCCCCAAGAAGUUGAACCGUUUGUCAGCUCACCUAACGCUAUUUCACGCACUCCCAGGUUCCGAGCUGGAAGCCCGGAUCAUUCCCGUCAUUGACUCCAUUGCAGCCAAGACACCAUGUUAUCCGAUUGAAGUAGGACGUCCGGUCAGAAUGAAACAUGGCAUCCUCCUUCCGGCUAGGCACAUGGGCGAAGAACGCCUACGUAGAACAGAAGAGAUCCAUAAGGAGAUGAAGCGAAAUUGGGAGCAGUUUCUAAGCAGGCAGGAUCGCCAAGGGUUGAGACUGCACUGGACUAUCAUGAACAAGGUAGAUGAUUCAGGGAAGGUCGACAAGGCCGAGAGGGAAGUGGGAGGGUUUCUGAGAUCCAAGCAGGAACAAUUGGCGACGAGAAGCGAAGUCGAGGGCUUCGUGACCGGGCUGGUCCUGUGGAGAUACGAUCACGGACGGUGGAAGGAACCCAGAGAGUUCAAGUUCCAGCGCCAGGCAGAUGAUGUGAAGGUCUAG